UCUCGGAAUAAUUUACACGAAGUGAUGAGAAUGGGAUACUUCAAAAGGAAUUGAUUCAAAGUGGGAAACACUUGUUUCGGCUGAUUGAGUUGAGAGCUUCUUUCUGACAAUGACGGUCGUUCCUUGAGUAUUAUCUGAGUACUGCUGUUUGUGUGCUGAAGGGAAUCCUUGUGAAGAAAAAUGGUGCUGGCUUGCAAUAGGCUUCCUCAUGACCGGUCCUCGUGCUGGCAUUUCAUGUACACCGAUGGAUAAAUAAACCCCCAGUGACAUGAUGCCCAAGAGGGAUCAUGAGAGGGACGUGGAGCUGGACAAGAAGAUCGAGGCUCUCCGCAGGAAGAAUGAAGCGCUCAUGAAGAGGUACAAGGAGGUGGAGGAGGACAAGAAAAGGGCAGAGGAGGAAGGAAUGGCACUGCAGAGCCGCAAGGGCAAAGCUGAUGAUCUUACCAUCACAAUCAGCAAGUCCACCAGUCAGGAUAGUCGUGUUGUGGUGACAAAGCCUUUCAGCGGUGGUUCACCAGCUGGGAAAGGACAGCAGGAGGCUGGGCCUGACAAGGGGGGAGAAGGCCCUUCGCAGGGCACUGGCAGAGGCCACAGGAAGCAGUUAAUGGUCACCAUGGCAGGCAAAAAGGGUAAGAGGGUGGUGAGCGAGAGGCCAGAGAAGAGGCCGGACCCUGCGGACAUCAAGAGCCCUACAGAUGACGGCCAGCCGAGGCGUGUGGAGACCGCUGGGAGGGGGAAGCAGCCACCUCACACGACCAAGAGAAACACAGCAACACAGGAUGAUGUUAAACAGGGACAGAUGCACACUGAGGAGCAUCACAGACUUACAGAGCAAUGCCAGGAGCCCGAGAACCUGCAUGCCAGCACAGACCUCAACAUCCCCACGCUGAAAGAAGAGCAUGAGGAGUAUCUGAGGUGGAAGAAAGAGCGUGAGCAGAUCGACAGGGAGAGAGUGGCACGCCAUAAAAACGCAAAGGGCCAGUGGAGAAGGGCGUGGGACAUGGACAAAACUGAGAACAUGUUUUCAGACAAAUCCCUGCAUGACAGAGACUGGGGGCCUUCUAGCAGAGGUGGACGAAUUUCUAGAAGAGGUCAGCCCAGAGCAAACGUGGACUCAAGAGGUCAUGAGAAGCGAGGAAAAGACAAGGGAGCUAAAAAUGUGCUAGUGAUGAGCAGUAAAGCAAAAGGCAAAGACCGUCUGACUGGGAGGGCCAGGAGAUGGCAGGCAAGUGAAGAAGGAGACAACCUACAGACCUCUGAUACAACAUUGGAGGAAUUCCUGGAGGAACUUGACGCCCUCACAGAUGUUGAAGUAGGAGAUCAGAAAGAGCAGGACUCAAAGACGAAGCUCUCACCCAGCCCAGAUUUGUUGAGUACAUGUGAGGAAGUGAGUGGAUCCACAGCUCCUGUCUCAGCUGCUACCUUGAGAGAGGACACCUCCACUCAGGGGCAAGCGGAGGCCUCGUCCCCUCACAAUUUGGAGAAGAAAGUACGCUUCUCAGAGGAGCACAUCCAGGGAGCUCAUAUGAGGCAAACCACAGGCUCUCGGGACUCUGCCAGCUCAGAAUCAGGAAGUCAGAGCUCCGCAAAAGCUUCCUCACCUAAAAAGAACAAACACGAAGUGCAAGGGCCACAGCAGCCACUUGAAAGUGCCAAGCAGGAUGAUGGUAGCCCUCAGGAUCAGGGAGGUAGUCCGUCUGCUCCUCCUGUUGCCCAGCAGCAGGCUUCUGAAAAUGAAUGUACUGAAAAAGACAGCAACCCCCCCACAGCUCCCAAGUCCCCCCCUGCUGAAAAGGCCUGUGCCUCUCUCCAGGAGGGCUCUGUCCAGCAUAUAGAGCUUGCCAAGUGCAACAUCAGCAACACAGACACAGAUGAGCGAAUAGACUCUGGUCUGUCAGUCCUGAGCCUGGAGUCAGGAGAAACACACCCAACACACUCCACCAGCAGUGACAAGGCAAGAGAGCAUGGGAAGAUUGUUUGAUUGACAUUUUCGGGAUGUAAAUACUGAAACCAAAACACAGCGACACAGAGCCUUGCCUCCUAGUAUUUGGAUGCAUAAUUUCACUGGAAGUAGCUCUUUUGAGAUACUUGUUUAUGGCUUACACUCAAAACCAUGGUUUAAUUUUGCUGUGGCCUGUCUCACCCAUUGAAGUUUUCAAUUAUCUAAGAUUUGGCAUAGGAAUGGUGAACCUUUUCCCUGCUCAAAUAUUUUUACAUCCAAGCACUUUAUGAGUAUUAAUGUAUGUGUACUCACACAUUACACGGUAUGUUAGUAUGCUGCUUGAGUGCAAUAUCACUGAAUGUUUACAUUUGUAUGAAAAUUUCAAGGUACAUAUCAGGAGGCUAGCUAAUCGGUUUGGCUUAGGUAGCCCUUGACAAUAAAGUUCAGCCACAGUCAUAUUAUCUAGUGCCUGAUUAUGCCUCAGAGGUAUUUUCAAUAAUGGAAUAAAGUCUGUAUUACAUGAUGAUACAUUGGUGACAGACCCACAGUAGAGUAGAGUCUGUACUUCUACACUCAAAUCUGUGUGAGUAGAUAUUAUUUGUUAACUGCUUCCAGUAUCAGUCAAUGGCCUUUUGUGAAAUAAUAGAAAUCAAUAAAUCAAUUAAAGGGCACAUUUGAGACUUAUUGUCUUAUUGGCCACUGACCAAGACACUGUUAAGUUUCUAAAAUAUUACUACUGACAGAAAUCUUUCUGUUAUUAGGAAAAUUUAAAGGGCCACUCCACUGAUUGCACUCAUCAAGCUCAGGUUUCUCAUCACGGCUAGUAGUAACAGCCUGUGAAAAAAGUUGUGUAACGUCUUCCGCGGUGAUGUCUCAGUGAUGUCACCAAGUUUAUCUCAGUAUGAAAAAUCACAAAUUUAUACAGAGAGCCUGUGUUACAAACUGGGGGUGGUUUUUAGAGGAAUGCAAUCACGUUGCAUUUUGGGAAUUGUAGUCUGCAGUGUUUCUGGAGCUUGACCCAUACUAGAGACUAAAAGUCAAGAUAUGUCUGCCUCUGCGGCACAGAUUUAGACUAUUCUGUCUCGCCAAAGUCCCCCCAACUUUAUGAACGUGCCGAUCUAAAUCACUGGAGUAUCCUUUUAAUGUUGAGCUAAUUGUCAGCUGAAAGCAAGAUCCAUAAUAGUAGCCUAAAAACAUUUGGCUGUUUUAAAAUCCGUCUUCCCAAGUGAUCAAUAACACUGUAGAACGGAAAUCUCAAACUUGCCCUUUAACACAUUUUUUUUUUUGUGUUCCCUGAAGUCGCCAUGCUUUUACAGCUGAAUCCCAAUAAUCUGGUCUUGCUCAAUAUGGAAUUGUAAUGUAUGUACAAAUGUUAUCAAUGGUUGGCAGAGACCAGAAGGUCAAGGUUGUGAAUCAAAAACGAAUUUGGGACAUAAAACAUUUUUUUUUUUAAUAGUUUGCUCAUGUUGCUUUAAAGCAACCAGUUUGAAGAGUGUCAGUCUCCAACCUUUUUCACUGUUUAGGCUUUUUUUUUUUUUUUCCCCCCUGUGGGACAGAUAGACUUGAGCUGCUGAAAAUACAUCAUCCAGGUCGAUGAGGUUCCAGCCUUUAGUCCAUAGUCAAAACACUGGGAUUCAGCUGUAUUUCCCUUUUGGUAUUGUUUUAUUAUUUGUUCUCUUUUAUAAUCAUGGAAGACAACUAAUAUUUUUAAAAAGCUUCCUCACUACGAACUUAGUCUGUUGUUGUGCCUUGCAUAUUGGCUUCUUCAAAUACUGAAGGUGUACCUUUAUUUCAUGGUUUGUAUCAUAACAUACUGUAGUGUUAAAUGUACUGUACUAACAGUGCAGCAUCAGUAUUUUCAUUUUAUUUAUUUGCCUCUCCAUUGGACAAGAGAAUGUUACCUAGAAUGAUUUUGCAAAUCUAAAACUGUUUAAAGCAAUGUAUAUGUGCAUUAUAGUGGCUGUUUUUUUCUCAGUGACAUGUAUGGAUUUGUUUUUAUUUAUUGCCAGUCUGUUAUUGUAUUUUUGGUAUCAGUGACACUAUAAUAAGAAGCCUUACAAGAACUCUGUCCUCAAAGAAGUUUUUGGCUUUCGUCAAUGCUACAGUAUAGUAAACAGUUAUGUAACUGUAAGUAGAGAAAAUAGUGGACAGGCUCUGAGCUGCAGCACCCUGUCAGCCUCAACUGUGGUUACAUAAAAUAGAAAUAAUCAGGAAUCUAGUAGAAGCACACUGGGAAAACCAAGAAACACGUUACAGUGUUUAAGGCCAGUCCAGCCAUCAAGAAGAAAAAUGUGCUGUUUUUGAGUAGGGGCCUUAUUCUGUAUUAUAUAGGGAUUUUGAAAGAGUGGUAAAAGAGACAACUGUUUAAAAAGCAGGUCAUACAGAUUACCUCUGAAAUAUUUAAAAUUCCUUGUGGGUUUCAGUUUAGUGAAAAGAAAUUUAGGACCUACAACCAUAGAGCAGUUUGUCCUUGUUUAGCACUUGUUCAUUUAGUUUUCAGACAUCUGCAUAUUCUCACCUCGCUGAAGUGACAAAUGUAAGAGGUGGUUGUGAUCCUCUUGCUCCACCUGGGUGCCCACUGCUGUCCUCCGUGUUUUCACAUACACUCGUAAGGAGGGAAAUAUUGAAUGUGUGCCUGUGUAUGAAUGCGUUUGUCGAGUUGUGAUCCCAGCUUUUUAUUGUUCAAAGUGCUCAUGCUAACUUAAACCUGUGUGCAACAUAGCUUCAUUUACCGUAGAAACAAUUUGGAAGGAGGGAGGCAUACAGAACGUCAAUAAAGUUUUUCUGUAUUUCAAGUUC